GGAUAUUGCGUGACGCAGUGAGUCGCACGGUUACGGAGGAGCGGGCAGACGGAGGUCGCGCGCUCUCAGUUUGGGUGGCCGGGAAGGGAGCCCCGUGGUAGAGGUGACCGGAGCUGAGCAUUUCAGAUCUGCUUAGUAACCCGGUGUAUCACCCACCAUGUUGGCUGCAAGGCUUGUGUGUCUCCGGACACUACCUUCCAGGGUUUUCCAGCCCACUUUCAUCACCAAGGCCUCUCCACUUGUGAAGAAUUCCAUCACAAAGAACCAAUGGCUCUUAACACCCAGCAGGGAAUAUGCUACCAAGACAAGAAUUAGGACCCACCGUGGGAAAACUGGCCAAGAACUGAAAGAGGCAGCCUUGGAACCAUCAAUGGAAAAAGUCUUUAAAAUUGAUCAAAUGGGAAGGUGGUUUGUGGCUGGAGGAGCAGCUGUUGGUCUUGGAGCGCUGUGCUACUAUGGCUUGGGAAUGUCUAAUGAGAUCGGGGCUAUCGAAAAGGCUGUAAUUUGGCCUCAGUACGUAAAGGAUAGGAUUCAUUCUACUUACAUGUACUUAGCAGGAAGUAUUGGUUUAACAGCUUUGUCUGCCUUGGCAGUAGCCAGAACACCUGCUCUCAUGAACUUCAUGAUGGCAGGCUCUUGGGUGACAAUUGGUGCAACCUUUGCAGCCAUGAUUGGAGCUGGAAUGCUAGUACAGUCAAUAUCAUAUGAGCAGAGCCCAGGCCCAAAGCAUCUCGCUUGGAUGCUACAUUCUGGUGUGAUGGGUGCAGUCGUGGCUCCUCUGACGAUCAUAGGGGGGCCUCUUCUCCUGAGAGCCGCAUGGUACACCGCCGGUGUUGUGGGAGGCCUCUCGACCGUGGCCAUGUGUGCACCUAGUGAGAAGUUUCUGAACAUGGGAGCACCCCUGGGAGUAGGCCUGGGUCUGGUCUUUGCGUCUUCGCUGGGGUCCAUGUUUCUUCCCCCUACCUCUGUGGCUGGUGCCACUCUGUACUCAGUGGCGAUGUAUGGUGGAUUAGUUCUUUUCAGCAUGUUCCUUCUGCAUGAUACUCAGAAAGUAAUCAAACGUGCAGAAAUAACACCCAUGUAUGGAGCCCAAAAGUAUGAUCCCAUCAAUUCGAUGUUGACAAUCUACAUGGAUACAUUAAAUAUAUUUAUGCGAAUUGCAACUAUGCUAGCAACUGGAAGCAACAGAAAGAAAUGAAGUGACCGCUUGUGGUGUCUCUGCUCACUGAUGUCUUGCUUGCUUAAUAGGAGCAGAUAGUCAUUACAGUUUGCACCAUCAGAAUUCCUUGUGGUUUAGAAGAUUACCUGUCACUAUGUUUAAAAUGUUCAGUAAUGUGACCCUUCAGGCCUGCCUUUUCUUUUAGAGAAUAAAUGCAAUAGAUGUCUUCCAAAUAAGUACAUACAUUUUCAUAUGUUAUGCUUUCAUACUUUAAAACUGCUUUGAUGAAUGUGUGAACAAAGAUUUUUUAGAAGAUUUCAAGUAUUGUUUUAUUUAUUGGAUAAGUAAAAUUUAGCAAAUUUGUGUGUCUUCAUAUUGUGGGAGCCUACAGAACAUUUAAAUGGCGUCGUGAGUGACAAGUUUUCAUAUAGAGGUCAGAGAGAUAAAAAUCACCUGCAAUCAUUUUGCAUGCGUAGGACAGCACUGAUUAUGGUGAGCCAGUGAAAGACAUCGGAGAAGAACAGGGACCACCAUACAUGGUGUUAACAAAGACACGGGUCUUUCUUCUGUGCUGUUAAUGACCUUGGGGUUGACUACUCCUUGUCAGGACAGUCCGUAGUGUUAGCCAUACAGAGAACCCUGCUGGAAUUAUGUGGAUGUGAGUUUUACUAUGAAGUCUUUUUGAACAAGCUGGUUGAUGGUGGUGCAUGUGACUUUAAUCCCUGCAUUUAGGAAGGCUGGGGCAAGCAGAUCUCUAAAUUCAAGGCCAGCCAAGGGCCUGUCUCUAAAACAAACAACAAAAAGCCUACCAGCUAUGCUUAGUAAAGCGUACUCCAAGACCCAAGAUUCAUUUGCUUCAAAUGUAUGGUAUAUUUGUAGUUGGACAGGGUUUGGGGUUUUUUGUUUGUUUUUGUUUUUUUAUAUUUUCUUACUGUCUAAUUGAAAGCAUGCUUGCUUUUCUCAUCACAGCUUUGACAUGGGUCAGAAAAGCCUCUUUGUGGCUUAUGCUAAGAUUAGAGUUGAUUUUUCGUCUAAAACUGUUGGCUUCCUAUGUUCCCUCUCAGGUUUAGCAUGAACAAACAAAGCAAACCUUAGUUGACCUUGGGAAAUAUUUGAAUGAAAAAUGUAAUGGGGAGUGCUCAGCUUCCUUGUGACAUUAGAUUUUGAUACAGAUCACUUGUGUUUCAAGGGGUUCUUCAUUGAAGUCUAUAUGUGUAUUAUAGAAUAACUAUUUUUGAGAAGUAUUCAUUAUUGUAAUCCAUAAAUAACUCUUUUAAUCACUUUAAAGUGAACUGAAUGCUUAUUUCUGAAAUAAAAGUUCCAGCCAACUGGU